CGAAAAGAAGACGUGGAAACAAACAUGCUUCAUGACCCCCCCAAUUCUCCGAUACUUUAGAAACCCGGAACAUUAAUAUUCUGGCAAGGAGGGUGGCGGCGAACCUUAAACGUAUGCGAAAGUGCAUUACGCCCCUGACCCUUGGUCCUUCCGAGCGCCUCAUAAUGAUUGUGCAUUCGCUUUCUUUACCCUGCGAGGUAUUUUGACCUUGGCAAAGAACUCAUACAUCUUAGCGAGUAGCUACAGCGAGACCGUAGCAAGUAGAAAGCCAGUUCGAGUACCGAGAUUAGCGGUCUAGAGAGCGCUGUCUUGUGUAAUUUAAUCUAGUCGUCACCAAAACUUCGCCACACUCCAGCACAUGGACAGUGGUCGCCAAUCCGCCGCGGGCGUCCGGUCGGACGGGUCUGGUGCUCUCCCUCGACUUUCGCCCGACGGAAACAUUCAAUCCGAAGACAACGCACGCAUGGAACAGAGCACCAGCCAGACUUCUUACGAGGCGGCAUUCGGCUCCACUCGAAGCGGCUUGCCUGAGCGGCCUGAGACGGCGCUCGGAUACACCGAUGAUCAUGAGGGGCGGGAGUUCCAUUUGGACUUGGAUAUGGACGACAGAAAUGGUUAUGAGGACUUGAUUGAUAGGACGGAAGGGGAGGAUGGUGUUUAUCCCGAUAAUAAUAGCGCUCAUUUCUCGAUGCGCGGCCGCGAGCGCAUUUACGAUGUCAAUUUGGUGACGACGCACAUGCCCACCUACGAACCGCUUUUGGACGAGUACUUGUCGGACUACUUCAACAGUCCCGGGAUUAGGAAACAUUUGCAGAAGCUCGGAUUGGUCGAUCGGGAAGGAAAUAUCACUGACAACAAGGAAUUCAAGAAUAAGCAGGUUCGGCUCGAUAGGGAAGAGUACCGUCAUAGGAUCUUGAAGAAGAUGGAAGAGCUAGAGUUUGAUAGACAGAUAGAGGUGGCUAUUCGAAAGCAAAUCGAGGAGGACAAAAGCCCUCGUUCCCAGAAGUUGCGACGCACUGUGCAACACUCGCACAACAGCCUGCCUUAUGCAGACUUUCUCAGCCAGUAUCCGCCGACUAUGACGCACACGGCUCUGCUCUACGCCGAGAAGCCGGCCUCGCUCACCAAAGCCGAGGAGAUGCUUGUAGCAAAGCUCAAGCAGCAAAGCCCCAGACGCCUAAAAGCGCUGGGAUUGAGUCCCGAGCAGCUAGCACAGAAGGAGAUGCACGCCCGCAUGGCUGCCAAAUACGAUCGGAAGAACUUGUGGCUCGGUGGUCCUGCGGGCUCUCGACAGCCUCCCGGCCGCCGGUUGUACGUCAAGCAACAUUCGCGCAAGAGGUCCGACCACGCCGACCGCGCGAAUGGCGAGGCAGAUGAAGAAUCAUCUGAGAUUGGUGAUCGUGAACGACCUGCUUCACGACAGUCGAAGAACAGCAAAGUCGUGCACGAUGAUUUGAGCGGAGACGAGUGGGAAGGCGUCGACGGACAUGAAGUCACUAGUCACGGACCGGUUGUUCCUCCUUCCUUGGCUGAUCACCAGAAGGAUCAGGAUAGCAUCACCAAUCUCUUCGAGACUGCUAAGCAAGAGUACAGAAGUGGAAAACUCCGCGAUGUCAAGGCUCAUGUCAAAGCCAUCUGGCAGAAAGUUGGUGGAAAGGAACGAGCCUUGACCACCGGCAGCGGGUCGAACUUGAGCAAGGGCUCUUCCGAGAACCUUUCCGAUACCGAAUCCGCCAAAGCAUUUAAGGAAGGUAGUCCUCAGAAGACCGCCGUUAAAAACCUUCGUGCUUCGGGACGCUCCACCCCUUCGACCCCGCGUCAUCGCUCUUUCCGCCCUAAGUCCGCUCGUCCGACCCGCGAGUCUCAUUUCCCGAUCGCAUCAGACUUUAGCGAUUUCGAAGGCGGGAGUGAGGGAGGCUAUGACUCUGAGGAAGGAGAGGUGUUCUUGUCGGAUGACUUGGAUGAUGUGCACGCCUUAGCUAGAGUGGCUAGCGCUGAGCCCAUUGUUGAAGAGAAUGAAGCUGUGGCUAGGGAGGUCAUUGAGCAGAGCCAGGUCCAGGAGACGCCUGAGGAGAAAGCGGCGCAUCAACAGGAGGAUGAGAAGAGGGCCGCCCGCCAGCAUGAGGAGGAGGAGCAGGCUGCUCAACAGCGUGAAGAAGAUCAGGCCGCUCGUCAGCGUGAGCAGGAAGAAACUGAUGCUCAGGCCGAUAAUGAAAGCGAAGCUGACCGAGGACAUGAGAUCACUCAGACCGAGCAGCGCGAUGAAGGGGAUGCUCAUGAUAAGCGACGCCGUGCGUCCGCAGUGAAAGUGCAGGCCUUGUUUAGGGGCUUCCACACUCGCAAAGAGCUAGAAGAGCUCGCGGCAUCACUCGAUGAAAAGGAGUAUGCCUCGGACUUCGAGAGCAAUAACGAUGUGUCUCAGACGCCCGUCGGUGAGUUUUAGAUCUUAGGCCUCUUACGUGUCCCUUUUCGAAAUCGAUUCUAAUCAGCAAGCGUCUUACGCAGCAAAACUUUCACGAGCGGCAUCUCGUCAGGCUAGCAAGCAGAGUUUACGCCCUUCAUCUCGUCAAGGAAGUCAAGAUCACCUGCGCCAAUCUCAGAGUCGCCUGGCUUCAUCUCGCCAAGGCAGCCAGAACUCGUUGCGUAGUGGCCUCUCCCGUCAAGGAAGUGCGUCUGGAACUCUUCAACGCAAACAACCAACGACCGGUUCGGACUCCAAGUUGACGAAAAGUCAAUGGGAACUGCGUCUCUGAUCAUAGUAUGAUGGACU